AUGGAGCUGUCGUCCGCUUUCGAGGAGCGCGUCCGGCAGAUGGAGGACGCGCGCAACCACUGCAUGACCCGUCUCCAAGCCGAGAAGGAGAUCCUGGCCGCCAAGACCCGCCUCCUCGCCGCCAAGGCCGCCGCCGCCCGCCGCCUCGAGCGGCGCCGCCUCCUCCUCGAGCGCCGCGCCGCGGACCUCGCCUCCCGCGCCCUCGCCGCCCGCGCCGGCAUCGACGCCGCCAACGCGCGCCGCCUCGCCGUCGCCCGCGACAUCAGCUCGACCAACGGCGAGAUCGAGGAGGCGCAGCGGAAGGCGGAGGAGUGGGACCGCUUCUACGAGUCCAAGAGGAAGGAGAUGGAGGAGUUCCGGGCAAUGUCGCAGCAGUUCGAGGCGGGAGCUCGUCAGGAAGUGCAGAGGCUCAAGGCCUCUGUGUCUCAACUGCAGGCGGCCCUGCAGGAGCUGCAGAGCGGCGGGUUGCGCUCGGACGACGCCGGGAUCGGGGCUGCGGAAGCCAGGAAGGCCGACCUCAUGGCCAAGAAGGCGAAGCUGGAUGAGACCCUGGCUCAAGCCCGCCAGUUCAGAGCACUGCUUCGGCAGCAGCUCCAGAAAGCCUUCGCGUCGUCACAGGUUAGGGAUCAAAAGGGGGCACAAAACUGACUACGUAGUACUGUAUGUGGUACUCCAAGCUAAACGGCCUUCAUUAGCUAGCUCAAUCGCUACGGAUUAAGGAUGCAAGCGUCGCGGGCUAGCGGACCAUAACAUAGUAGUACAAUGUAGUGUUGGUUCUAGGCAAAUGCUGAGCAAAUUUUGAGCUAAUGGAUGAGUUUCGUGGGACGAAACGGGCUGCCGCUUGCACCCCUACUACUGAUGAAACGAACUGUAAAUGUCUACAGGCAGAUACAUGCUUUUUAUUUCAGUCUUGUUUAGAACACCGAAAUUCUUGGGAUUUCAAUCUUUGCCACUCGCUGUGCCAGCGGCGUGCGGGUCUGAGACCAAAUAUUGUAGAUAACUUGUUGUAAUUCAAACGCUAGAUGAUCAACAGCUAACCCAUCAUUGAGGCCACAGCAGCUUAGUGCUUCCUCGGCUUCUCUCUCUAGACUAAGAUGUUUUACUUGUUGCAUUGGUUCUUCGGCGCUGCUAUACACACGACGCCUGCACAUCGACGCCGUCGCAAUGCCAACAGCGAGCAUGCUCGCAAGAGCGCUGUUGGGGAGGGAGCAUCGUUUGUAGGUCGUCCGGAGACUGUCGUGUGUGAAGCAAUUUCCUUGGUUCUUCUUGUUCUUACUUCCGUUGUCCUGGCAUAUGUAGGACAAGAUGUUUUCCUCAUUGCAAACCGAAAGUCGUCUGAGUUCUUAACAUAUCUUAUUUUCAUCAAUUCCAAGUAAGUUGGAUGUGCCUGAAUAUAUGUAGCUAGUGCUGCCAUUUUCUUCUUAAUGAACCCCAUUAGAGGUUCUCCCCUAUGCUAUUGUGAAUAUUCUAUUUGUGAUUAUAUACAUUGGGUUUUCUCUUUUUAAUUGGCUUGUAUCAUGAAUUACACCAGGGUUAUUUACUCUGACUUAUUAUGAUGUAUUCUCUAUGCAGGGAAUGCUUUCUGGCUUAUUUUCUUGCUUGCUAAUUUAGUUCCACUGGUUGCCAGUAGAAUAAUGACAAUUGCUAUAUUUCAAUACCUGGUUGCUUUCCUCGCCUCAAAAUUGUUAAUAGGUAUUGAAAUUUUAUGGCCAAUAUAUGCAUUCCAGUCAUAAACUGGUUUAUGUUGGUUUCGUAUCUGAGCUUUAUUAUGCUCUUUAGAAGCAAUGUCAGCAAUGCAUAGGGCAAAUAAUACUUUACUGCAUAUGCUAAUAUUUCACUUUAUCGUGCUCUUCAGAAGCACAUCUUGAACAGCUUGGGGUGAUGAUAAUGGCAAUGGUGUAUGUUAAUUACAAUUAAUCCUAACACUUUAUAAGAGAGAGAGAAGUUUCUUUAAUUUCAACUUUUCCAAUACAACCAUUGGAUCCAUCACAAGUCGAUGGUACAUUUAGCUAAGAGUCCAUAACUUUGAUUUAGGCUGUUGCUAAUAUGGGUAUGCUUAUUUCUUGGUGGAAAGAAGGUAAUGGAACAGUGCAUCAACAAUUGGUGGUAUCUCCAAGUGAAACAACUAUGUGAGGGAGUGGUCAAUCGAUGAUGGACGCAGGGCAUGGCUACCUGCUUGAUUGAGUUAUUAGAUCAUAUUGUUGCAUUUCGGCAUGACAUUAUGUGAAAUAGAGAGCAUGCCAUUUGCUCACUGUAUUGUUUUUCUGAAAUUGGAGAAGCAAGUAGCUUCCUCGA